AUGCCUUACAGCUCGCCUUAUCCGCCGCUGGACAUCCCCAAGCAAAACAUCUUGUCGUAUCUGUUUCCUCCUCACAAGCCUCUAUCCACAAAACCAUUAUGGAUAGACUCGAGAGAUCCGACCAUUUCUCUGUCACAGGCGCAAAUGCUGUUAUGGAUCAGACGAUUCGCCGUCGGCCUUGACAAGCUCGGCGUCAAGGAACAACAGGCGGUCAUGGUCCUUACCCCCAACACGCUAUAUGUACCAGCUAUAUAUCUCGCGAGUGCCGGUUCCAAACGCUACUUCACAGGUGCCAACCCAAUCUACACGGUCAGCGAGGUGGCGCAUCAAAUGAAGGCCAUUGAGGCCGCCGUGGUCCUCAUCCACCCUUCACUGCUGGAGACUGGCGUGGCAGCAGCAAGCCAAGCCAACAUUCCCAAAGACCGACUGUUCAUUUUCUCUGAAACGGAAUCAUCUCCACAGCACGGCGUCCAGGACUGGCGGUCGAUGCUGGCCUCGGAAGCCGAAGCUGAGUCCUGGCAAUGGGACGCUCUGGAAGGUGAAGCGUCGGUGAAAACGAUAGCGGCGAUCAACUUCUCCAGCGGCACUACCGGACUGCCGAAAGGCGUGUGUAUCACGCAUCACAACCUCAUCUCCAACGCGGCACAGUGCAUCUUUACCAGGUUCGAAGGGACUCCCUAUUCCGCGGACAACCCAGGCCCUGAGCGCUGGCUCGCCUUCCUCCCACUAUACCACGCCUACUCGCAGCUCUGGACGAUCAACAUCGCCUGCAGACUCCAAGUGCCCGUGUACGUCAUGGGCAAGUUUGUGUUCGAAGACUUCCUCGCAUGCAUCCAACGGUACAAGAUCACAACGCUGCAGCUGGUGCCGCCUGUGCUAGUGAUGCUGAGCAAACGGCCCGAAACCUCCAAGUACGACAUCAGCAGCCUGAGAAACAUCAUGUGCGGCGCCGCUCCGCUCAAGGCCGAACUGCAGAACGAACUCACGCGACGGUUCGGUGUGGUGAUUGUCCAGGGAUGGGGCAUGACAGAGACGACGUGUGCCGGCAUCAUGAUGCCGGGAAUGACACAGGACUCCACGGGGAGUAUAGGUCACCUCCUCCCCAACACGGAGGCGAAACUGGCUGACGACGACGGGAAUGAGGUUGUCAAGGAGGGCGAGCCGGGCGAGCUGUGGCUCAGGGGUCCCCAGAUGCUCCUGGGCUAUUGGAGGAACGAGCAGGCGACGAAGGAGAGCAAGACGGAAGACGGAUGGUUCAAGACAGGCGACGUCGCAGUGUGCAGAGAAGGAGGGAAGUGGUGGAUCGUGGACCGCAAGAAGGAACUCAUCAAGGUCAAUGGACUCCAGGUCGCCCCGGCCGAAUUGGAGGCCGUGCUGUUGGAGCACCCUGACAUCGCCGACGCCGCCGCCGUCGGCAUCACGGUCCACGACGAGGAACUGCCCAGGGCAUACGUCGUUCUUCAGGAACGCGCCAAGGGGAAAGUCACGGAGGACGAUAUCAAGAAGUUCGUCGCGAACAAAGUGGCCAAACAUAAGAGGUUGGAAGGCGGUGUCAAGUUUAUUGACGAGGUGCCCAAGCUCGCGAGUGGAAAGAUUGUGAGAAAGUUGAUGAAGGAAUGGGCUAAACGUGAUGCGAAGGAGGUAGAAGGUCAAGUUAAAGCUCGGUUGUAG